GUGUUAACCCGUUUAUUUUAAAAUAUUAUUCGGUUUUGUGAUUAUAUUUAUAACACGCAACGUGUUCCCACUCGAUUCCACGCCACGCGUUUCAAACAAUUUUGAAAAACGUGUGACGUGUGAUAGGAUCGUAUUAUUUAAAAUACGACAUUUUACUCCAGACAUCGGUUGAUGCAAUUGGUUUAUCAUUUAUUUUCAGUUAGUUUCUUAAUUAUAAUAAUUUUUUUAUAAUGUCUUCAUUUGAAGAGUCAUUAAUUGAAAAUGUCCGCGAACACAAGUCUUUAUACGAUGUUUUUUCCGCCGAUUAUAAAGAUCAGAACAUUCGUAAAGAGGCAUGGGAAGAGAUUGGUAAAAAUCUACAAAUGUCAGCUGAAAAGUGUAAGUCAGAAUGGACUAAAUUGCGAAAUUGUUUUCUAAAUGCCAUCAGAAGACGUAGAAGUAAGACAAGUGGUCAAGCUACCAAGAAUAUUCCACCUUGGAGGUUUUCCCAACAAAUGGAAUUUAUAUUGCCCUUUUUGGAAAACCGAGAGUAAUAUAAUAGAUACAUUUAAUUUAAUAUGGAGGGUGCAGUACUGUAUAGGAAGACUUAACAAACUAAAUAAC